AUGUCAGAAACCCCUAAAGAGAAAUUAGGUACAACAGCCUUUCUAAAAAACAUAGGGAAACGGGUUUUGAAUACAUUAUCUCCUAAACAAUUUAAGCGAACACCAAAAGUAAAAGAAACAAAACCAGAAGAGGCAGAAAAUAGCGAGUCAGAAGACUAUCAAACAGGCAGUUCAGAAACAGAAUACGAAACCGAAGAAAAAUUGCCAGGAAAAGACGAACAACCGACAGACGACACACGUUGGGAAAAUUCAAAAGGGAAAGCAUUAAGGCGAACACCUCCCCCUACAGAGAGACUUUACCCGCAGCUAUCUGAGGUUGAAGAGAAAGAGAUUGAAAAUUCAGAAUCAGAAGAAGAUCUACCUGAAAUAGACGAGGAAGAUAAAGAUCGGGCAGAAUUAAAGAAACCGAAAAGAAAGGCACGCAAAGUACAUAUUAAGGGACAGCCACCAACUCGGUGGAGUAGUCGUAACAAACAUAAAGCUAAAGUGCAUCAAAAGGGAGAGAAGAAAAAAACAGAAGAGGAGAACGAAAGCGAGAACCCUAGUGAUAGUGAGAACGAAGAAAAAGAUAACGAAAAUCUCGCGUCAACAGAGGAGGCGGACGAAAAACCAGUCCGUCGACCAGAGAAAGAAAAAAGCGCAAAAGAAAAAGAAAUAAAAACAGAGAGAAACAGGCCGAUAUCCCCCAGCUAUCACAAACAGUUAGACCAAUCCAUCCAGACAGGGAAGAAACCCUUGGUAGGGGAAACACCGAGAAUGGAUUAUCAAAGUCACUACGAUCACAUGUAUCGUUGCAUGAAAGCGGGAGGGGCGUCAAAGGAAGAAGCGCACAUGGGCGCCAAAGCCGCCGCAAAACAGAUAGUGAAAUCAAUGAACGAAAUUAAGGAAGAGCAAAGAGAAAAAACAAGCGAGAAAUCUUGCCCAAUAGAUACAAGUCAAAGCUAUUAUUUAAGCCAAAAGCUAUUGUUAAAUCAACAACAACAAACGGUUUCCCUCCUUGCUCAAGUGCCAGCUUUUAAUGGAUUAGGUUCGACGAAAUUUGAGGACUGGAUCAAACAUUUUGAUGCAGUCAUGAAUACUUCAGAGUUUGAAGAAGGCAGGAAAAUAAAGUUGCUAUGCUCCAAACUUUUUGGUUCGGCGACCGACUGCGUAACGACUUUCCAGUUGCGCUAUCCAAGAGAGGCAAAGGAUUUCUCAAAAAUAAAACAAUGCCUACAAGAACGGUACCAUGGAGGAGACAGUAGAAAAAUCUAUUUGACCGAAUAUAACAAUUGUAUUCGCAACCCUGGAGAAUCAAUUAGGGAUUAUGCUUGUCGCAUACAAAAACUUUUUUCGUUUGCUUACCCGACGAAAGAGGGUAAAUGGGUAGACCUCGAAAUGAGAGAACAGCUGAUAAUGGACAAAUUUUGGGGGGGAUUAAAACCCAAUCUUCGAGAACGGAUGAGCUUCAAAGAAUUUAAAAAUUCAGAUAGUUUGAUAAAAGCCACGGAAAAUUGCGCGGCUAUAUUGAACGAAGCUAAAUUAGAAAGACUAAACGUAGAAUUCAUUAAUGCAGUCGCAUCAAACUCAAAUGCCAUCUCUUCAAGCGAAACAAAAGGGAAAUUGUCAGAACUAGAAGCAACGUUAAAAAACAAUCAAACAUUAAUGAGUGAAUUGAUGCAACAAAACCAAGAAACCGCUCAACUAUUGAAUAAAGUCGUACAAGCACAGACCCAAACGAAUUUUCGCUCACAACCUGCUUUUCAGCCCCAAACCGAGUUCAUUGUCGUAGAUAGAAUCAAUGAAGAUUGUAUCUUGGGUUUAGACGCGCUCUACGAGCACAAAUUUAUUAUAGAUGGGAGCGAGAGAACAAUAUACCGUGUCAAAGAAACAAAGGAACACACGGCCUCUGCGCCAGCCAUAAUUACAAAAAACAGGAUCACGAUCAAGCCCUUUAGUGCCACUGUCAUUGAAUCCGAUGGGGAAGGCGGGAAACUUCCACAGAAUAUUACAUGUUAUUUAGAAAGAGGGCCGGGAUUACACAGUGGGUUACGAGUGGACCCCUUCGUCUGCAGUGUUAACGAUUUAACCGUUUUUUCCGUAGUUUUAAUUAACGAAACCAAUGAACCAAUCACUGUUCCAAAAUUUCAAGUCAUUGGAAGAAUAGUAUUUGAAAGAACAAAAAAAGAAAGCAUCAAUUUUUGUGAGACAGAAGAACAAUCUCCUGUCGAUGUAGAUUUCAGCGAAAACUUACCCUUAACAAUAGCAGAAGCAGAUCGAACUUCUUUGGUCGAAUUUUUAAAAACUAAUAUUACAAUGUUUGCAUCUAAAGCGGACGAAUUAGGAAAAACAGGACUAGUUAAACACCACAUUAACACGGAAGGACAAGGGCCCAUUCGAUUAAGACCCUAUCGGAUUCACAACAACAAUAAAAAGGAAUUAGAAAGUAUUUUGCAAGAGUUAUUAGUUAAUAAAAUAAUAAAGCCGUCCGUGUCUCCAUGGGCCGCACCUGUAGUUUUAGUUAAAAAGAAAAGCGGGGGAUCAGAUUGUGCAUAG